AUGGAGGCUCAGGCUGUCCUUGGAAUGAUUUUACUGUUUCAUCCUGAGAGAUGUCUAAAAAGACCGGGCGAAAAGGUCAGGAAAAGUAAAUUCCAGAAGGAAGUCCUUAGGAAGAUAUACCAAAUUACGCCAUAUCCGACGUGGGAAAAUAAGAUUGAUAUUGGUAUUUUGAUAUCGCUGUCUCCACGAGCUGUAGAUAUAUGGUUUCAGAAUAAAAGGCACAUUAACAAGGGAAAGAACCAGGGUGCCGAGGACACUACUGAUUCAAGAACUAUUGAUCUGAAGGAAAUCGUGUCCAUUGUCGAGAAUACACCAAGAUAUUAA